AUGUCAGAAGAACAUUUACCAAAUAUUUCAGUAUUUUUAUUAGAAGCACAAAAUUUAGAGGAAAAGGCAUUUUCAACAAAGUUUCGUCAAAUUAAGCAGAGAUUGAAAGGAUACGCCUUUCCAAUGAAUCAUCUAGCCCAUUUAGUACAUAAGAGAGGUGGGAAUAAAACGGAUUACAUUGAAGCACCACAAAAAUACAGCAACACAAG